GAACACCAGCGAGUUCGUAUCCAAGCACGCCACGGGUUUCAUUUCAUAGAUGUGCGCGGAUAAUCAGGCAAUUUCGCGUUAAGCUGACAGUAUUUGCUCACGGACUGUCAUAACUGGAGGUGACUUUGUGCGUCGUGAACGCAAUAGACGUGUUUCUCGUUGAAUUUUAGUUGAAAAUCUCGUUUGGUAUCGAUCACACUGAUCGAACUACCACCAAAUCGGCCAGUGACCCGGUGACACACAUACCCGUUGUUUUGGAGUUUUGUUUUUGUUCAGUCGCACUGAGGUGAAAUAUAAAGCUGUCAUCACUGUCAUCGUAAAGGGCUCCUUUAGUGGCAAUGUGAUCAGGUCAAGAUAUGACCUAUAGCUUUCACAAGAAAUUGCAGGUCCUGUUGCCAACUGCGCAACUUGGAAUUUCCGGAUUGUUGAUAUAUUGCCAAAUACCCGACAGUGACCUGGUAAUCAAUAAUACAGUCCAUGUACAAGAAGUAUAAGUCCUCUGAGAAGAUGGGAACUGGCAGCAGUGUUGGCAGCCCCCACCCAGCCUCCGGACGAGAGGAUGCGAGAGGAAGGAGUGGGAGGUCCCCGCAAGCCACCAGCACAAGCCGACCUGUGGUGACCUCCCAAGACAGCCAGGCAGCCAAGGACGUCAUGAUCAGCUACAGCCAUGCUGACAAGGAGAUGAUGGCCAAGGUCAAAGAUGUGCUGGAAUCCAAUGGAAUCUCUGUGUGGGUAGACGUCGUUGGCCUCAAUGCUGGUGUCGACUUCCUCAGCAAGAUUGGACAAGCCAUCAUAGAUGCCAAGCUGUUCAUCCAGCUGCUCAGCCAGAACUGUGUCAAGUCGAAGUACUGUCAGGAUGAGUUGGCGCUGGCCUACGUCUCCAACACAGCCAUAUUCCCCAUCACACUGACCCGACCCAGGGAGCUGUACCCACACAUGGACACCGGCAUGAAGCUCCAGUUGGCCGGCUAUCAGUGGGUGGAGAUCUGGGAGGAAGGCAUGUUUGAUGCCAAGAUGGCGGAACUGAUCCCGAUGUUGAAGGAGGCGCUGGAGGAGAAGGACAAGGAUACAGAGACGGAGAAGAAGGACGUCUCUAAAGAAAAGAAGACAAAACAAGGUCGACCAAAGUUGCAGCGACAACAGACUCGCCAGAAUCUUAACCGGAAGAAAGCAAAGAAUGAGCGUGUCAAAAGCUCCGACGAGGUAUUGAACUUGAUGCCUGAGGAAUACUGGAAGAAGUUCUACAUGGGAGACUCCGUCGUCUGGAACAAAUUUGUGGAUAACUUCAUGUCGCUGUACAAGACCCCCCUGGAACAGACAUUCAGCUCCAACGACCAGACGUGGUUGGUCAGCAUCCUGAGGCGGGAGAUGGAGGUUGAUGACGACGGCAUGCUCAGCAAAACCUCCUUCAUAGAGUUCUGCACUGUGGAUGGGGAGGAGUUUCCCCUGUGGAAGCGGGUGGAGGAACAGGCGAGGGAGAGCUACGCCAUGAAGGAAGUGUUUGACAUGGACUCCUCUGUCAGAGUGGAAGCCAUUGAGAAUCUGGGCCGAUUCCGAAGUCUCGCCGUCAUCGAUGCUCUGAGAGAUUUGUUGACGGACACUGACGCCAAUGUGCGAGCUGUUGCUGCCGUGUCGCUGGCCCGGACAGAGGCCAAUGACAGUCAAACCGUGAAGCACUUGCUGAAGAUCCUCAAUGACAAAGACCGGCUGGUGAGGGAAGCAGGGUGCCUUGCUCUCGGACACCUACAGGCGCAGUCCGCCGUCAAGAAAUUGCUGCACAUGUGGAGGAACGACGUCAUAUCCCACGUGAGAGAAGCGGCAUCCGUGACGCUGCAGCAGAUUGGCGGGAGCGAGGUGGACAAGGCAAUGCAUGUAACCUCCGUCCUGGCCGAAGAGAUCCGACAGUUGACAGCAGAAUAGUCAUGACUUUUUGGACUAGUUCCAGUUCGUAACCAUAGCAACCAUGUCAGUGCAACCCAACACAACCUUAUUUUUUGGUACACCAUGUUUAUGUUUAAAAUUGAAUGUGAUGAUUGAAAUAUAUUUUUACCUGUA